AUGUCCAUGUCGUCGACUUCCAUGGACCUGGACCGCCCUAGCGGCGUGUCCAUCAAUGGGCAGUCUCUGAAUAUUCAGAGGUCGUUUGGUGGGACGGCAUCUGUAUCUAACCUGAGCGACGUCAUAUCCUGUUUUCGACCUACCAAGUUUGUGCGCUCCCAGUUGCUCCGGCGCCAAGACAUCAAGGAGGGUCGUCCAACGCCACAUGUGCUGUCCAUCGACUACGACGACGAGGGCGAGCUGUUGAUGACGUCUGCCAGCGACGAAACGAUACAGAUAUACAACGUAAAGGAGGGCCGCCACGACAAGAGCCUCCUGAGCAAAAAGUACGGCGUCAAACUGGCCAAGUACACGCACACAAACUCUAGCAUCAUAUACGCCAGCACCAAGCAGAACAACGCCAUUCGGUACCUCGCCACCCACGACAACUCCUUCAUACGCUACUUUGAAGGGCACGAAGGCAACGUGACCAAUCUCGCGGUACAUCCCGGCAGCGACAACUUCAUUUCCUGCUCUCAAGACAACACCGUCCGCAUCUGGGACACUCAGUCCAAACAUUGGCAGGGCCAACUGUUUCUCAAGUCGCCGUAUCUCGCAGCGUACGAUCCCUCGGGCAUGGUCUUUGGCGUAGCGUGCCCCAGCAGCGGAACCGUGCUGUUAUACGACGUUCGUAACUAUGACAAGGCUCCCUUUUCGACCAUAGACGUGGUGGAGCAGUGCAGCAGGAUUGACCAGCACAACCUCGUCAAGGGCUGGACCAAGCUGGAGUUCUCCAACGACGGCAAGUCGCUGCUCGUCGGCACCAAGGGCAACGGACAUUUCCUCCUGGAUGCGUUUGAGGGAACCCUGAAAGCCUACCUGCACAAGCCCACGGGCGGGACCAAGCGGCAGGCCCCAGGCGAGGCGGCGUCAUUAUCCAACGGCAACGCGACGACGGAUCCUUCCAACUUUGACAGCAGCGGAGACUGUUGCUUUGCGCCCGAUGGCCGCUUCAUCAUCAGCGGAUCAAGGCAGGAUAUCUUGGUGUGGGAUUCUCUAUCCUCGAUACCCGACAGCAAAGUAAUGGAGCCCAACUGGACGCUGCCCGACAAGAGGGAAACAGCCGUCGUCGCCUUCAAUCCCCGAUUCAACUUCUUCGCCACGGCAGAUCAAGAUUUGCUGUUCUGGUUGCCGGACACCUCUUACAUGGGCACUUAG